AUGCCCGGUCUUCGCCGUCUGCGCGACGGGCGUGGGAACGGGACGGACUUUUGGCUCUCGCCCAACCGAACGAAAUCCUGGACCGCGCGCGCGCGCGCGCGGGCGUCGGUCGAGGACGAGCGAACGGAGGGAGAGCGCGUGGACGACGCGUCGUCGUCGUCGAGCGAUGUGUGCGCGGAGGAGGAGGGGAAGACGGGGCUCGACCAAGCGCCCGCGGUGUUCGUCGGUUUUCCGCACGCGUCGUACGUGUGCGGGACGUGUCGAGACGUGUACGACGAUCCGGUCGUCGCGAGCGAUGGAGAGACGUACUGUUUGAAGUGCGUCCCGCGAGGGUUGGAGGUUGGUGCGACGGAGAACGCGGAGGUGGAGGAUGGGAUACAGGCGUUGGCGGUUUUGUGCAGACGGGCGCUGACGCUCAGGAGGAACGCGAACGGCGAGAGCGAGUGGACGUGGAAGGCGGACGGAUGUGGAGAGAAUGGGAUUAGAUUACGUAUGCGAGACGUACACGAUCGCGAGUGUGGGUUCAGGCAGAGACGGUGUUGGUACCCGCACGCGACGAGACACGAGGCGACGGCGCGAGACGACUCUCGCGCGGGGAGGGAUUAUUGUGGAUAUAUGACGACCAAGUUCGCGUACGCGGCGCACGCGGCGACGUGUGAGUGGCGUGCAGAGAAAUGUGACGUGGUUGGGUGCGAGGAGAUGGUUCCGCAUUGCAAGCGCGAGCAACACGUACGCACGUGUCCGAAGGCGCGCGUAUCGUGUCCGAACGCAUGCGAGUGGGAGGGCGAGCGAGGAGAUUUAGCCACGCAUCGCGCGUCUUGCGAACGCGAGUAUGUUAAGUGCGAAUUUAUCGAUCUCGAGCGCGAGCACGGCGCCGGAUGUAUGCACGGGUGCGAAAGAGCACUCAUUGAGGCGCAUAGACACGAGUGCGAUUUCCGUCCGUGGUGCUGUCCAAGCUGCAAUCUCGUUAUAAACGCGAUAAACGCUUCGGUGCACGCAAUGAAAUGUGGAGACGCUCGCCAACGAUGUCCCAGGUGCCGCGCCAUGGUACGAGAGGCGGCUUUUAAGGCGCACACAGAGCACUUUUGCGCUGGCUCUGCGACGAGUUGCGCGUACGCGUCUUUCGGUUGUCGAGAACAAGGGACGCGCGAAGAACUGCGCCAGCACGAGCGCGAGUCGGCGCCAAGACAUUUACGUCUAGUCGUUAAGUCUCUCGAUGACGAGCGAUCGAAGGGUCUGAAGCAAGCGAAAAUAAUCGAGCGCAUGGAGAAGGCGCUGACGAAAUUUGGCGAAGACUAUUCAAAUUUAACCAGUAAAGCGGCGGAGCGCGUGAAAUUCGUAGAGUCUAGGGCCAUAGAACAGAUAGAAACCUUACAGGCGCAUCUUGAGGCGAACAAGAGAGCGUACGAAGAACACGUCGAGGCCUUGAAUGAAGAGAUUGACAAGUUGAAGGCGGAGCGCGACGCCGCAGUUGAUGCGGACGCACACCUCGCCAAGCUCGACUCGGCCAUCACGAUAGAGCAAGCGAAUGUACUCAUAGCGGCAUCUAAGGCAGAGUUCACGAAGUGCACCACUCAGCUAGCAAAGCUCACGGUCGCGAUUGAAGCUAGUGAGAGGCAGUGGGAAAACGAUAUACAGAACGCACAGUCGAGGGAUGAAGAAAUCGCUGAGCGCUGCAGACGCGAGGUCGAGUCCGUUCUCGCGACGCAAGAAAGUGACGGCAUCGUAGACGCGAUCUCGCGCGUGGACACACUCUCCUCGGAAAUACGCGAGUUGAGCAGGACGAUGAACUUAGAUUUGUUGGCUCUCGCCGAGAAACAGAACGAACUCGAAGCGCUUUGGAGAGCGUCAAACGAAUCUUGGCGGCCUCCAUUGACUCCGUUAGCAUCGGCGGUCACUCGUUCAAGAAGUUCGCCAUCACCUUCAAAGGCAAGAAGACGUUUCAAAUCGAGCGGUACGGCCUCGGCGAGUGAAACAACGUCGGAGAAAUCUAUUCGCCGACUUGGAAGCGCGACGAUGGCGGCGUCGCGCGCAACCGACGACUGGGACGGCAUGCACGCGCCUCCGCCGCCGAGUUUUAUCGCGAGCACGGACGGGUCCGAUGGUUUGAUCUCACCGCCGGCUUCGACGAAUCCAAGCGAGGCGGAGGCUCCGAUCCAGGCGACCCGCCACGCCGGCGUCAACAUCGCCGGCGCAACCGACGACUGGGACGGCAUGCACGCGCCUCCGCCGCCGAGUUUUAUCGCGAGCACGGACGGGUCCGAUGGUUUGAUCUCACCGCCCGCUUCGACGAAUCCAAGCGAGGCGGAGGCUCCGAUCCAGGCGACCCGCCACGCCGGCGGCGAUGACGUCUUCGGCGCCGCGCGUUCACUCGCGUCGGGGAGUCGAUCGAAGACCUCCGCUCCGCCCGCCGCGCCUCCGCGUCCACCCUGGAUCGAAUUCGAUGAUGACUAA